AUGGCCGCAAGCCGGCCCUGGAGCGGCCCGGGUCGGUUCAGGGGGAGACCCUUCCCCCGAGUCCCGGGCCCGGUUCGGGUGAAGCAGCCGGCACCGAGCCCUCACUCAGCCGGCUCCAAACCCGGAGCCUGCCCGCGGCAACUGCGGAGAUCAACAAUUGAACAAAGAAUAAAGAUUGCUCAAAAGAAUUUGACUGAGAGAAAUCCUUCAGAGUUUGGUGAUGUAGUGAUGGACCACAGCAAUAGAGAGCCCAGUGUGGAUUCUACAAAGCACUUAAACUGCAGAUCAGUUCAACAGGCGCAUUUUAAAAGAGAAACUGCGCAAUGUAGAACAGUUCGUGUACAGCUAUGUGACUACAUAAUGCCUAAAGGGCUCAAGCAGUCUUCAAUACAUGACCUUUACAAUCAGUGUAAUGACGUGUGCAGUAAGUCAGGGAAAGGUCCCAAAAGCAAAAGGUGCCAAGUGAGAAAACUGGAAGAGGAUCACAGCUGCAGGGAUUGUAAAGUGGCUGAUGUGAUGAAAAAUAACCGGAAGGGCACAGAGCUCAUAGCAACAAUUGAACCUCUCCAGGUUAGCCUAAACCGAAAUGGCUGUAGUAAGAUAAAUCCUUCAGAGGAUUUAUCGAAAUGUAUUAAACAAUAUCAUAGCACAUCAGUGGACAUGGAGUUUACAACAGGGAACAGCACUAAAAUACUGCUGGAAACUGGACCAUCAGAGCUAUCCAGAGUAAUUCAGAAAGACAUACCGCAUCUUAAAGCUCUUGACAAAGCCCAGUUGAGGACUGAUACUGUAUCUGGUGAUAUUGAAAUGACUCAAACAUCUAAUGUUCUCGAAGCUUGUUCUGAAAUAGCAUUUAAACCAGGGUGUUUAGAAUUAUCCUGGCAUCCCAAAGAUUUUUUUUGGCAAGGUACGUGUCAGGACAGCACAGCUUGGAGCACAGCGGGUUCUACAGAUGUAACCGGGGACUAUUUAGAAGAGGACAUACCAGUGUUGUCUGAUAGAGCACUAGAACUAACUGCUGGCUUUGAACCUGUUGACUUCAUUGCACCCAAUGAGGUGGUAGGACUUUCUGAAAGCUGUAAAAGAAAGGCAAGUGAGUAUGUGCACUCCGAGCCUCCUGUUACACAGUUUGGUUGUGCAAGAACAACACCCAUCACUGUGGAUACAUGUGCUCGAGCAAGGCCAUUCAAGAGAGCAAGACUAUGCCCAAAGUUUUGGUUUGGUUCAGAAUGGUAUUCCAAACCAGAAAAAAUAGGUGAACUGCACAGACACACUUCAGUACUCAAGCCAAAAUCAGGAACAUUGCCUCAUCAAGGAUAUUUGGAAUCAGUUGAGAGCAUUUUAUAUUUGUUGAACAGUUUGUCCUUGGAAGUGCCUGAAAUAAAAGUGGUUAACAAAGAUAAUUUGAGAAGCAAAUCACUAUUAGAAAAUAAUUGGAGUUGUGCAUCCUUUGCAAGUGACAAAGUAGCUAAAGUACAGCCAUCAAUACACUUCUCGAAGUAUUCCAAUAUUGUAGUAGAAUAUGGAAGACAGUUAAAAGAUGCAUACAAUAAUUUUAAAACAUCGCCAUCAAUCAGUGUAUUUAACUCCAAAAUGGCAAAUGGUCUUUGUGUUGAAGAAAAAAAAUGUCCAAUCAGGCAAAGUAAAUUGAAUUUUACAAGUUCAGCUGCUCAUUGCACUAAAACACUAAUGUCUGCAAAACUGCCAGCAUUCCCCAUUCCUUUGUACAAUGAUGUAGGAGGAAAAGCAACUGUAGACUCUCAAAGAUGUGAGACCAUUCAGGAUAAAUUUACUCCAAGGAAAGUGUGCACAAAGGAAAUUAAUGGUAUACAGUCAACGGUAAUCCCCAUUCAUCAGAAUGCAUCUUUAGAGUUGAGAUGUGGUCAAGUGGAUGGGCAGUGCCAAUUUGAACCUAGUGAACAAACUGGGAAUGAGAGGUUUGUUGAGCGUUACCCUUUGUUAGAUGUAGAAAAAAAUGCAGAGCCGCGAUCAAAGGCAGUGGAAGUGUCUCUGUGGCCAGAUGGUAAUUGCAACCUUAAAGAACCAUUGAAUUCUCCGUGGAAAAGAAGUGCUGAAACAAUUCCUUUAUUAGAAGACCAGCAAGUCCUUCCAUCUCCAAAGGAGCCUUUUGUUGCAACACAGUCAACUACGGACAAUGAAGUCAAAGAAAUACUGGAUAGGAACUCUGAAAAGAAAGGGAAUGUACAGCGAGUACCUGAUGUCAUAAGGGCCUAUGAAGAAGAUGUGCUUGUACUUGAUGUGAUUCAAGAUGACCCAGAGCUAUUUGGUGGUCCCAGUAACACUGAGGUGGUGCAGACUGCUGAACUAUUGGUAGGUCUGGAUGAAUCUGCUUGUAGGAAAGUGGAGUUAAAACCUGUAGACUGUCACCUUGGAAGUGAACUGAACAGCGAACAGAAAGAGUCAAGUGAAAGGAUCUCCAGCACCUUUCUGUGUGUGCCCAAGGAUGAUGUCUCUGGAAAGCUGCCAAAUUGUACCAGACUGCAGCAUGAUGGAUUCAGAACUCAGAGCAGAACAUCUGUGAGUGAAGAGAGUUAUUUUGAUGAGGAUGCUCCAUUGGAGAUAUUGGUGAAAGAGGGAGAGAUUACUCAAUCUGGAUACAAUUUGUGCCGGGUUGCUUCAAAAACUGGAUUAGUUUCUGAGAUGGAUGAACAACAGGAUGACAGAGGGACUGAAAUAAGCAGCCUUCAGUACCAUUGUUCAGACAGACGUCUAUUGGAAAAUCAGUUGUCUCUGAAACAACCUUGUUCUGAAUUUCCAUUCCAGAAAUCAGCAUUGACAAAUGAUUUAAGAUUUCCACAAGAGCAUUUACCAACAUCAGCAUGUGCUCCUCCUCCAGUAUUUCCGAAUAGCUCAGAGCAUUGGACAAGGCCUCUGGAGUUGACUGCACUACCAUCUGGUUACUGUCGAUUUUAUUUCACCACCGUUAAAGGAUGCAAGAAAAAAAAGUGCAGGUUUGGACAUGAAGUUAAAAAAGGAGAUGAAAAAUUCUGUAUGGAGAUUGUUCAGAAGUUUUUGGAGACGGGAAAACUGCAUCUCCUACUACGUGCAGUAAGAACAUUUAGAAGUUACUACAGAAAUUUUCCACCUGGCAUUUACUGUAGUUCCCAAGUGAUGAACAGACUACUUUUCGUACUGUUGAACUUGCGUAUGUUGCAAGAAGUUUUUGAGCUGCUCAAUAUGGCUGUAAUCAUGAAGGUGUUGCCAGAAGGUGACAUUUUACUGAAUGUAUUUAACCUUGUGGUAUCCACGGACUCAAGGGCCAUGAUUCCUAAUCUUAUAGAGAUAACCUGUAAGCUUGUGGAAGUGGGACUUAAGUUCCAGUUGGAUCAGUUUAACUACAUGAUACAUCUGCUGAAUCAACUGCAGGUGUCUCACCAAGAAGUACAUUUCAUCAUGGCACUUAAACCCAGGUUACUUUCUCAUCAAGCAGAACCAGAAGAGGUGUUUGACUUGAAUUUUGCAAUAGCUGAAAUAGAGCAAUAUAAAGAAAAAGAAGAAUGGAGCAAGAUGGGAACUUUCUUUCAGAGUUUACACUGGAAUUUUGAUACUAAGAGCGAACUCCACAGAAUUGCCACAUGCAUUGCUGUUACUCUUGUUAAAAGCAAGGAUAAUGGAGCUGCAGUUCCCUUCUGUGAAUUUGCAAAAGCAGUUUGGCAAAAGCCACACAUCAAUGGUAUGGCCAAGAAAUUGCUUGUUGGGAUUGGAACCUCAGUGAUGGUUGCUUACUAUAAAAGUGAGCAGUGGAGAAAGGCAAGAAAAGUUCUGGACAUGUUGCAGGAAAUUCCAGUGAAUUUCACCGUAUUGAAGAGUCUCGUUAACGAGUGUGCUGUAUCAAGAUGUCAGAUCAUUAACAUUGCUGGAGAAAUCUUUCUCAAAACAGGAUGUGUGAAUAAAGCACUUUGGCUAUUAAGAGAAUCUGACUGGAUAAUCAGUACCCCCGAAUGGCCCUGUGACAAAUUGGAUGUUCUCAAUCGACACAAUUUUCUGAUUAGCCUCGCUGAUGCUACUCUUCAGAGUAGCAUGUAUUGUGAAACACUGGAAGUUCUGCAGCACUUGCCUGGAUUCCAGAGUAUAAAUGGCACCAUGGAUCUCACACCGUAUGUCAGGAUUUUCAACAACCUGCUGCUUGAGUGUAUCCAGAAUAAUUGUCUUGGGGUGUCGACUGACACAGUGGAGUUUAUGAGGUCGGCAAACAUACCCGUAAACUCUUUGGCUGUAAGAAACUUAAUUACAGCCUUGGGCAGGUCCUGUUUGUGGCCGAAAGCAAGAAAACAAUACAAGAAAGCCUUGUCCAGUGGAUGUUAUCCACCUGUUGAGGAAAGCUUGUACCGCAAACUGCUCCCAAUUCCAUGCUUCCUGUCAGAAGUGGAAAUGUUGUUGGCCACUGAGAUGUUCCUGGUUACGAAUGCAAGCAACAUUCAGAGUCCCAGUGUCUCCAAGCAGUCUCUGCAGAUUGUGCUGAGAAGGUUCGAAGAUGAAAGGAGUCAGUUGGCAAAUGGCGAUUACGAAGCAGCGGUGGACAGAUUGCUGGCAGCUGCCCGAAAAUCAGAACCAAAGCUUCAGAUAAAGCACACAACCGUCAACAUCGCGAAAGAAGAGGUUUUCAGUUUGGAAUAUUCCUCUGCUCUAAGGUGGCUUGAACAGAACAUGAAGUGGGCGGGCAAAGUUUGGCUGUUUGACUAAUUAGGGCAGAGAGAUCGCUCUGGCAUGAGUAUUAAAAAAUAUUUUGAGUUAUUAAUGUUAAAUUGACAAUCACUGUACAAUAAAACUAUUUGAUGAAAA